AUGAAUUCCAUCCAUAAGAUUCUUGCUAUUAAUGAGAAGGAACUCCAGGCCAACGUUUCCGAUGCUGCUUCCUGGCAUGCAGACUACAGUGACACCCCAUACAUUUAUAUUGGAAAUCUCCAUGAGGACUUGAAGGAGAAAGACAUCGUGAUCAUUUUCUCCCAAUAUGGAAAUCCGACACACGUCAAUCUCAUCAAAAAUAAGGAAACUGGUAAGUCUCGAGGUUUCUGCUACUUGAAGUACGAGGACCAUCGGUCAUGUGCAUUAGCUAUCGAUAACUUCAAUGGAGUGAAGGUCUACGAACGGCCACUCAAGGUGGACCACACGUAUUAUAAACUCGUGGAUGGACAGAACGAAGAUGAUUUCUUGGUUGAGUACCCCGAGCCGGCCCUAAUUGAAGAUGUAUCCGAGUCAGUUCUGAAACCCAAGUUGUUGGAAUACGAGCCAGAACCCGAGCAACUAGAUGACUUGAGUUUCAAGACAAUGGUCGACGACGACGAUUUCGAAGAUCCCAUGGCUAAGUUUGCAACGGAGUCCAUAAAGGCACAAAGCAGAAAAAGACUGAGCCGCGAGAGUCUCGAUAAAAAGGAGAAGAGACAUCGGCAUCUGAGGUCCAAACAUGACAAAAGCAAAGAGUCCAAGGAGCAUUCGUCGAGACAUUCAAAUAAGGAUAAAUCCAAGGUUCCAGAUCAAGACAAGUGA